AUGUGGGCGCGAGACGAGGACGUCGGAGCUGCAGACUCCGACAGAGAGAGCUCGCCCUCCUCCGAAGACGAGCGAGACAUCCAGUGUGAGAUCCUGGAGAAGCAAAGAGACGAGGCCAACCACAGACUGUUGGAGAUAGAACAAGUCUCCUGUCAGCUACUGAAGGAGAUGGAUGUUCUUGAAAUGCAAUUCCGGGUCGAGCGCUCCUGCAGGGAGAGUGCCGAGUUGCUGGCUGUCAAGGUGACCAAAGAGAACAAGGCCCUGAAGAGGAGGAGUCAGAUGCUGAUGCCACUCAUCUCAGAGCUGCCUGAAAACGUGACCUCCGUGACCUCUGACACGGAGAGCAACCUCACAGCUGAACCCGGUGACGCUGAGGAGGACGGUAACGAGGACGCCCUGCUGCAAAGCCAGGCCAGGAUUGCGGAGCUGCAGACGUCGGUGGAUCUCCUGCUGGCCGAGAAGCUUCAGUUGGAGCAACAGGUGGAGGAUCUGACCAGGGAGCAGACCCAGCUCAGAGAACAGUUGGUGCUGGAGGCUGCGGAGAAACAGGCCAUACUGGACGAGAUGAGCAGGCAGAGCAAGACCAUGAGUAAGCUGAAGCGAGUCUCUCGGCUUGUCACAGAGGAGUUUACCGAGAUGUCUGAGAAGCUGGAGCAGGAGCAAGGCCUACGGCAGCACGCCGAAGUCUUCGCCCACCAGGUGCUGGUGCAGCAGAAGGAGGCUCACAGACAGAGUUUGGUCCUGAUGCAGAACACUGAGACCGGCCUGCAGCUGCAGCACGCCCUGCAACAGGUGACCAGCAUCAACAUGGCCCUGCGAGACAUACAGCUCCACUACCACAACCAGGUGAAGCAGGGUCAGAGCGUCAUGGAGGAGAGUCGCCUGGUCUCAGAGUUGAGAGAGCAGCUGGAGUCGAGUGUGGAGGAGAGGAAGGCUUUGGAGACUCAGCUGUCUGAGGCCAACCUCAGCGUCCAUCAGCUCCAGAGAGAAGUGGAACAGUUACAGGGGAAAACGCAAGAGGGAGAUAAUAAUGACCGACCGGAGAAAGAAAACACCGCCCCAGCUUCACCGCCACCACCUCCUCCACCUCCACCUCCACCGCCUCCUCCUCCUCCUCCUCCCUCAACUGCCAUCGAUCCGCUGGAUGCCCUGCGCAACAGGAGGAAGGAUGGAGCCGCGAGACCUGAUAAAAACAGUGAGUCCCAUGCCAUGCCACACCAUGCCAAGCCAAGCCAUGCCAUGCCACACCACACCAAGCCACACCACAUCACACCAGGCAAUGCCAUGCUAUACCACACCAUGCUAUACCACACCAUGCCAAGCCAUGCCACACCACGCCAUGCUAUGUCACACCAUGCCACACCAUGCCAUGCCAUGCCACACCAUGCCAAGCUACAUCACAAAACGCCAUGCAACACUACACAAUGCUAUGCUAUGCCACACCACAGCACACCACACCAUGCUAUACCAUGCCACGCCACACCACGUCAAGCCACACCAUGCUAUACCAAGCUAUACCACGCCAAGCCACACCAUGCUAUACCACGCCACACCAUGCUAUACCACGCUAUACCACGCCACACCAUGCUAUACCACGCUAUACCACGCCACACCAUGCUAUACCACGCUAUACCACGCCACACCAUGCUAUACCACGCCACACCAUGCUAUACCACGCCACACCAUGCUAUACCACGCCACACCAUGCUAUACCACGCUAUACCACGCCACACCAUGCUAUACCACGCUAUACCACGCCACACCAUGCUAUACCACGCUAUACCACGCCACACCAUGCUAUACCACGCCACACCAUGCUAUGCCACGCCACACCAUGCUAUGCCACGCCACACCAUGCUAUACCACGCCACACCAUGCUAUACCACGCCACACCAUGCUAUACCACGCUAUACCACGCCACACCAUGCUAUACCACGCCACACCAUGCUAUACCACGCCACACCACGCUAUACCACGCUAUACCACGCCACACCAUGCUAUACCACGCCACACCAUGCUAUACCACGCCACACCAUGCUAUGCCAUGCCACACCAUGCUAUACCACGCCACACCAUGCUAUACCACGCCACACCAUGCUAUACCACGCCACACCACGCUAUACCACGCUAUACCACGCCACACCAUGCUAUACCACGCCACACCACGCUAUACCACGCUAUACCACGCCACACCAUGCUAUACCACGCCACACCACGCUAUACCACGCUAUACCACGCCACACCAUGCUAUACCACGCCACACCAUGCUAUACCACGCCACACCAUGCUAUGCCACGCCACACCAUGCUAUACCACGCCACACCAUGCUAUACCACGCCACACCAUGCUAUACCACGCUAUACCACGCCACACCAUGCUAUACCACGCCACACCAUGCUAUACCACGCCACACCAUGCUAUACCACGCCACACCACGCUAUACCACGCCACACCAUGCUAUACCACGCCACACCAUGCUAUACCACGCAACACAACACAACAUCGCCUGUGGUGGAGGUGCAGGCCAGCGCGGUGGAUGAAAUGAUGGCGAGGAUAAAGAGAGGAAUCAUUCUGAGGCCGACCAACAGAACGGAGGAGGAUGACAGCUCCUGGAAGGACGUGCGGAGCGAAAAGAGGAAGUCGGCGGUUGUGGAGCUGAAAGGGAUGCUGGAAACCCUGAAACGCCAGGACCACCGGCGGGCGUCGUCCAGGAAGAGGUUCAGCCGAAAUGUUGGCGCGACGGAGCUCCAGCUGGUUCUGCAGAGGAGGAGGCGAGCCAUAGCAGAUGGACCGAGUGCGGCCUCGUCCACCCAGACGCAGGACCCGCAGACAUGUGGCUCACCCGCCCUGGAGUGUGGCGGCUUCCCCCGGGCAGACGGGAGCGGCGAGGCGCCGGUGCUCCGCCGGCUGAAGCACAACCGGGAGAAGAGGGACUCCCGGAUCCGAGGGUCCACGCUGGUCCUCGCCUCAGAGAAGUGA